ACCGUAGGCACAUGUUCAUCUGGUUAGAUACAUGCUAUCCACCACAACAACUCCACAAGUGGAUACAUGUUAUGCCACAACAAACAGGCUUUUUCUUUCUGUUGGCAUUAUGAACUCCAAUUGUGCUCAAGUGUAAUUUUGACUAUUAAGGCCUGGCACGGUACAACAGAAUUACAGGCUUGGGUUUUUUUCUUUCAUCUGCUUGACACUUGACACCACAUGGUUAUUCCAAUACUUGUGCUGUCUCAAGCCAUCAACCCAUGUUUCCAGCUCGAGCGUCUCUGCCUGAUGCCACUGCUAUUUCAGCGUGUUUCUGCUUCUGAACCCUCGUUGCUUUAGCCCCGCCGGGGCCCUUACACAAAGUGGCCUUUACAUCUGCUCUUUGUCAACUUUAAGGAGAACCCAGCAAAAGUAUUGAGAGAUCUUUUUGCUGCUGUUUGCCACAUAUAGUAUGCUACGGAUAAGGAAUGGCUUCUUUCUGAAGCACGAGAAAUAUUUUCUCUACUAAAAAAUGAGACCAGAUAAGAGCAAAAGGAAAGGAAGGCAUUUUGAUCACCUUUUAGAAGGUGAACUACUUAAAUGCAAGACACCCUGCGUCAGCCAUCUCCAAGACUGACAGGGACAACUGUGCCCUGUCCAUGAGAGUUAAGCGCGUGAAAUGAGCUCCCUGGAAAAGCGCCACACAGGCCAGCGGGGAAGCAUGCAGGGCCACCACAAAUACUCAGAUGGCUUCAGUGACACAUCCAGCAGCGGCAGCUUUAUGGAUGACACGGACAGGGAGGUGAGCAACCUCACCGAUCGUGCCUUCAGGAGCCUGUGCAUUGGAGAGGAGGCCAUUUACAAUGACUCGGAAUUCUCCUCGUCUCCGACCGAACGACAUAAGGCUUUUGCAGAGGAAACCCAGCAAAAGACAAUCUCCAAGGAGACAUUUUCAUACAAUGUUCAGCAAUAUGGGGAGGCAGAAGCACAGUCCGAGAUGGCCUCAACAUUCCAGCAUUCCUACACGGAUGUCACCCAUCAGGAACAGGCUUUUAGGGAGGGAGGCUUGUCUUAUAUGAACAAUGGCUCCAAGGAGGUGACAUGGCAGCAGAACAGGAGCUCAUCCAGAGUGUCAUCUCUAAUCAAAGCCUUUAGUUCAGGAGAGAGUUACCAUGACAGUGGGACAUGUGACAUUAUUCUGGCAAGGGAUAGGUAUAGAGACUUUGGCAGUGAAUCAUGGGACAGAUCAGCUCUGCUAAGCAUCCAGAGAGAACUCUCAGAGUUCUCAGGAUAUCAUCAGAAUUUUAAGUCAGGCCCCUUUCAGUCUUACAGAAACCAUUUUUACACAUCUGACGUGGCUGCCGCGGUGGCCCAAAUGGACACAACAGUCCUGAUGAAAUCUUCGAUAAGAAAGUUCAAGGCACUGAACUCCACAAACUGUUUUUUCCAUAGCGAAUUCAGUCCCUUCCAGCUGUGGGAAGAGUACAACAGGUUCCCCUUCGGAAGUACGAAUGUAUCAGGGUUUCUGUCAGCUAGCGAAUUCCCAAGGUGGUACGAUUCUCCCAUGUACAAAGAGCUGAAAGACAACAACAGAAUUCCGAACUCUCCCUGCGAAAGUCGACACUUCAAUCAGAGACAAAUUCAGGACGUUGUGGCACCCCAGCGCUCCAGGUCCACGGUCAUCCAGAAAGCAUUAGCAAUUGAGAAGAGGUGUGAAUCUGAGAUGGCUUCCAACUAUCCACCUUGGAAGAAAAACAAUAAUUUUGUAAGGAACAAACUUCCAGGCAAUCGACCCUCCACGGUCUCACCUACUAAUGAGAAAACAUGUAGGCCGGAUUCGAAUUUGUUUAGCAAUAACAAAGUUACACACGAGGUAGUGGUCGAGAGCACCCUGCCUAGCAGUGUGACGCCGUUCAACAUCACUCAGCUCCUCACACCGGUUAUUCACACAAGACAAGAAACAGAGACGUCUGAGAUCCUGCAGUUUGCACACACUCCUUCUGUUUCUGAUUAUUCCUCUCAGGGUGAAACUGACCCUAAACUUCAGACUGAUGUCAAACAUCUGCGUGACAGCUACAAAUCCAAAGCUUCAAGUUUGCUGUUCAACCUCAAAGACAACCGAAAAAGAGUCAAGAGUACAUACAGUCCAACUAGAUUCAAAGGGCUAGAAAUAACAGAUCGAAAUAAGCAGGCCUCAAAGCUGGAGGGCCGUGAAUCAAGAUUUUCGGAUAUUCUUGUAUCCCAAGAAACGGCUCAGGAGAAUUUGACUGGAACGGAUGCACGGGCCUCAUGUAACCUAAUCCGAGAGCCCAGUGCAGCCCCUAUCAACCCUAAAGAUUAUACCGAUCGCUUUGGAUCAUAUGAUAAUUUGACAUUAACUUCACCUCAAAUUCAGGACGGAGUCGCUAAUUACAAAUCGUUCUGUGGAAGUUCAGAAGGUCACUCUCACAGCACAGAUCCACUGGCUAACGCAGAGCUCUCAACACACAGUCUUUCAGCACAGAAUAAAAUCUCUCUGACUUCAGAAGGUCAAUUAAAAGACCUAAACGGUACUUUUAGUCCUGCUAGGCCAGAAAUAGCAAAUGUGUUUCCAAAGGCUUACCCACCGACACAUUCUAUGCUUGCUCAGACAUCAGAGCGAUACGGCCAGAGUGAUAACAUGAGUCAGAAUGAACUAAAACAAAGAAAGGAUUUUGGACGAAAAACAUUUAUUGAAUAUAGCCAAAAGGAGGCCGUUAAAGAAAGAUGUCCUUGGGACCAUAUUGGUUCUGUCAAGGAAACAAAUGGCAGAUCUGAAUCACGGCCAUUUAGAGGAGAAAUAGCAGCGCUGAUUGAGAUGGACAAACAGAGGAAGGCAACCGCCAAGCAAUACUCUGCCGACGACAGUUAUUCUGUCCGAAAGGAAACGUACAUGCAGAAAGUCAAUGAAGACAUAAAACUUGGUCGACUUGCAAAGGAGGAAGAGAAAGAGGUCAGAGAACACACGAUAUCACCCAGGAAAACAGCUUACAGUGAUAAAUCUAUACAUGACAAACAAUUAAACACAUUUUCAAAGCCUACUGAAUCAUAUGGAAUACCAAGAAACAGUCUUCAGAACAAAACAUCUCCUCUAAAGGAAGACUAUUGUGGUUUACAAAGUUUCAAUUUCAACAAUGAUCUUUUUAAAGAUGUACCAGAGCAAACUGCUUCUUCUAAUAGUAUGGCAAAGCAAAAUACAUUUGAUCACAGAGCUCAAGCACCUUUACAAGACCAUAAAGGUCAAAAGAAUGAAGGAUUGUACUCAUAUCAGCCAUAUAAGUAUGAGCGUAACAAACAGUGGCACAUGGCAUCAACAAGUGAAGAUAGGCAGAAUAAGGAAAGCAUAUGGACACAGAAACAGUCAGAGAUGAUGGAACAAACUGCUGCCAGGAGUUAUAAAAUGUACAAUACAUCGUCAAGUUCCCUACACAUAAACCACAAUGAGUUUUCCACCAACAACUGUGUAACAAAUCCUGGUUUGCAGGAUAAAGAUUCAGUCAUACCAAUUGACAACUCAGAUCAAAAUAAUAUAACUAAACAAGAAGACAGGUUUAGCAUCAAUGAUAUUCUUGCCAUUAGAGAUAAUGAGCAAGCAAGGAGACUAAAGGAUAAUACAUUUGUUUUGGCUAAAUCAGAACACUCACAAAAUCAAAUUAAAUAUGAUAGAGUUGAUAAACCUACCAUUUCAGAGCCUGUAAAAGAGCAAGAACAGCAAGGCUACAAAGUGCAGGAUGUCACAAGUCCAUCACCUGGCUAUAUAAGAAAGGAUUUCCACAAUAUAAAUGAAACAAAUAUUAGCACUGACAGAAAAGACAGAAUAAUGAGUAAAGAUACUGACAAGGUCACAACAAGAGUGUUUUCUUACAAGGAAAGAGGCCAAAGCAAACAAGAAAUACUGACGUCGAAAUUGAAAGCACAUGCUCAAAAGGAAAUAUCAGCAAUUAAAGAAAAAGGACUUGCCAAACAAGGCAUUCUUGCAAGAAAUGCAACAAAAACAAAUGUGACCACCAAUAACGAUGGUCAAGAAGGUCACUCUGUUAAGAAGGAAAUCACAGCAGACAAGCUGAAUCACUUGUUUCAAGAUAUCACUUAUUCCAGUGUAACCCAGUACAAAGAACAAAUUAAAACACACAACGAUCAUCCCAAGAAUGGAUCACCACCAUCAAUGGAAAAACAACCUCUUCAUUUUGAAGAUAAUCAGAAAGCAGUCUCGGAUAAGAAAAUUGAGAAUGUAAAAUAUAAAGCUUUGGCUCUAGAAAGGCAGAAUGACAAACAUCCAGCUGAUGAUAAAGAGAUGAAGAAAGAAACGUUUACUCUGGACGGAGGUGCAAUAGUGGCAGAUAUAAAAAAUAAUGUCCAGAAAAAUGACCAGCCAUCCAGAAUCUCAGAAGACAAACAAAUAAGUAUGUCAAGCUCAUCAGAGGAUAUAAACACUAACAAGGAAUCUGCAAAGCAGAGUCAUGAAAUGUCACCAAGUGAGUUGAUGUCAGGUCAUUUGACAGCUGCAGUCAAGACAGAAAACUCCACUUCCCAUAAUCCACCUGCACUCCAUAAUGAAAAACAAACAAUUCAGCAUGAUCAGAAAGAAAAUCUGUAUGGACGUCAGUGUACUUAUUCUGAAAAAGCUAUGACUAAACCUGCUGAUCAAACCAAAAAAGACUUACAAGUUACAAGCACGGAGACUACAAAAACUAACAGCAGUCUGAAUAAAAAUUCUCUCUUGGGAUUAGACAGAAACACACUUGGAGUUGAGGAACCUAAUGUACAUCAUAAAAGUAAGAUUACUGCUACAGUGGAGCAGUCUAAAAAUGAACCAAUCAAAAAUAGCUCUGAGAUUACAGCUAGUCAACUGACAUCCUCAUCAAGUGACAUGAAGUUUAAAAAUGGAAUUCCACCUGCUAAACGACUAAUGGAACCUGCCAAAUCAGAGCUCACCUCAAAUCUUCAAACCAAUACAUUGAGUGCAGAUGCAGAAAAGCUUAUAAAUAGAGCCUACAAACAUAAUCCUGAGGACAGUUCAGAUUCAGAGGCAUCAUCGGCGGAAAAUAUGGUCAGAAUCAACUCUGUACCAACAAAUAAUCCGGCCUCACAAAGAACCCAGGAGCCAGAAACAAUAAAACCUUUUAAUAAUGAAGAUGGACAAGCAUUAAUAAUCAAAAACAAUACAACAAAGAAAAAUGACUUGGCUAAGCAACAAAACAAUACUUCGCAGGUAAAGGCUUUGGAAACUACCUCUGCAAACCAAAUGGUGGAGAGUCAGUCCAAACCAGAAACAAAUAAGCAAUCACUAACAAAAAUAGCAUCAGCUAAAGAAAAAGAAAGCUGUCAGCAAAAAGAACUCCAUCAAGAUGAUGAAAAUACAAAGACUCUGCUCUCAUUUGACAAGAAUGAACUCCCAAGAAGCCAUCAGAGUACAUCAAGAAUAAAAAACAAUUCAGAAGCAGUAAGUAACAGUCAACAUAGAGAGAAAAGAGCAGAAAGUGCAAGCCCAAAACAAAAAGAACAAGGAUUUCCCAGACCAUUAGAAUUAUCACAUGAGAAAAACAAUCACAAGUCCACAAAAGAGUCUCAAGAAGUGAAUCCGAGCAAUUCCGAACCCAAAAAAGCAGCCGAAGACAAACUAGAACCAAAUGUUUUCUCACAGCAUAAAGUAAUAGUAGACGAGAUACAACUCAAAAGAACAAUACAGAGCCUAUUUCAACACCGAGUAGAAACCACAGCAGAUAUAUCAAACAUCACCAAUCUUACACCUAGCAAAGAGGAGCCUGCAGAGGAACCCAUGAUUUACAGUAUCUGUGUGUCAAGAAAAACAGAAGAAGCUUCAGAUGAUGAACCUAUGAUCUACAGUAUUUGUGUGUCAAGAAAGUGUCAUAUUGAUGAGCAACAAAAUCCAGUAAAACAAGAUGAGAGUUCUGUUGAAACUGAGAGAUGUGUGAAGGAUGAAAGCUUUAGUAUUAAAAAUGACAAAGCAGAAAAUGAGCAUGAUGACGUUCACAGACAGACUGAAAUGUCUUCAAACACUGAAGAAAAAGAAGACAAGAUUGAAAAAUGUGAACCGCCUGCAACUACAGAUAAGUCAAGUGUCAUAGGAAGAGUCAGUACAUCAUAUGAGGACCUCUUAGUUAAAUAUGGGCUUCCAGCCAGAGAUCACGGUCAUCUCACAUCAAAUCAUAUGCAGGAUGAGAGAGAAAGAAAAGAAAUGGAGGAGACUGAAACUCACAUCUCAUACAAACCAAUAAAGCAUGGAAUCAACGAAACUCUGGCAUCCAAAGAGAAAAGCUUAGAUAACACACAAACACAUCCAGAUGACACGAGACAAGCACCCAUUCAGCAAGCAUCUGUUAAAAAUCAACCUUUAAAAGAGAAUGAGAGCAAAAUCAAGCAAGUGCAACAUUAUGAUAUCCCUUGUUCCAACAACAUGGCUAAAGAGCAACAGAGUACAGAAAACGAUACACCAAAGCUUGUUCAUUCUACAAAAGAUGCCACCCUAAUACCAAAAGAAAAAGAAAAUGUUGAACAACUAGAUCGAGAUACUCAUAAUAUUGACCCAUCAAGGUACAGUAGGAGAAAUGAUAUUCAGUCAAAGGAAAAGAAAGUUGAAGAGCAAGUGAGAAACACUGAGAAAACACAAAGUCUGAGGUUGAUAGGAAACAUUAUUGAUGAUGUAUCUAAUUCUAGAAAGUCUCCAAAAAAAACUGAAAAUGUAUCCCUGACCGCUCAACAACCUGCAAUAAUGAGUGAAUCAACAAGAGAAACAAAGGCUGAAGUUGUAAAGGCAACCAUUUCUAAUGCAUCCAUGGCAAAGGAUACAGUCAACAAAAAACUCGCUGAAAGUACAAUUCCCGGAUGGACAAUGCCUAAAAACAAGCCUCAAAUGGUGGAGAGUGAAGACAAAAUGUUUAAUCAUAGUGAUACAUUUAUGCCGCAAAAGGAAAUAAAUGGAAGAGAAACAUUCAACUUAAAAGUUCAGAAAACUACACAUGAGACAAAACAAGAGGAUUCUAUAAUAGCUAUGAAACAAGAGUCUGUUUCGAACAAAGAUGCCCAAACUUUGCAAAAGAAUGGAAAGGGGGAUAUGGGGGAGAGGAAGGCACAAGAGAAGUUACAAGUUGAAUUUAACACGGGUAAUGAAAUUACAAACAGGAUGAAGAUGGUUUCAAAAGAUGGCGCUGCCACAGAUGUUAAUAAUUAUAAGGAUAAAGUUAGUAGUAUUGGUGAGGAAGUGUGUACUGUUGUAAAACAAAACCAGGCCUCUUCUGAAGUCCCAAAAAAUCACUUAGAGAGCAUAAAAGUGUCUGCAGAGGAAGUAUCAUCAAACAAAGAAUUCAUGGCAGGCCACAAAAACCAACAUGAAGUGAUAAAGAGGGAAAAUCUGAAAGGAACGAAAGGAGCUGUGUUGACUGACCGUGCGGGUGAAAAAGACUUUACAGAGCAAAAGAAGUUACCAGUGAAGACCCUUACAGCCCAAAAUGAACCCAAAACUGUGGAUAAAAUGAAAGGGACUGGUGAAACGACACCCAAACAUACAUAUGAUGUUGUAAAAGAAAUCAUACCACAUAAGAAAAAUGGUCCAAGUGAAUCAGAAAAGACCAAAAUUAAUCCAAGGCAAGGAACAGUUCAUAAACAAGAGAUAGAUGUCUAUGAUAAUAAGCAACCUACACUGAACAGUGACAAAAGAAAGAAAGAAGACCCUGUAUUAAGUCUGAGUGGACAAAAUGAUGGUGAUUUGGAAGUUAAUGAAAACAGAAGCAGUCUAAGAGGAAAGAAAGAAAGAAAUGUUGAAACUAUGGAGACAAAAAAGGCUAAUACAAACCAGUAUCAGCCAGGGAGAAGUUUUGUCCUCGAAACAAAAGGAAGCGCAAGUUAUGAACAAGAGAAUUCUCAGUUAAGUCAACAGAACACAAGUAAAGAAGGUAUAUUAUCCAAAUCAGAGGCUACACAAAAGAACAAGAAGGGCACUAGACCAGAAAUAUCAGCUAUCGCAGACUAUGCUAGAUUGAAAGUUAUCUCUGCUGAAGAUGAUACAAAAGAUCUUGAUAUAUUCCCCAAACUCGACUUCUACAACAGUUAUGAUCAGUCAGUUUUAAGAAUUCAUAAAGAUUCACAUGUAAAUGUGUCAGAUACAGGCGGAGAGUCUAAGAGAGAGAUUAUUUCAAGUGAGAAAGGUAAAGAUCUCAAGCGAACACCUUCGCAAUUGAAAAAACAAGCAGAUAAAGAGACCUUAUCUCAAAAACACAAUCACUUGAAUCCCAGCACAAGUACAGCUCAACCAAAGCCUGUAUCACUGGCAUCUUCAGGUUCACAAGAUGGAGCCGCAUCAAUGGGCACCCAACCGAGGGCUCUAACAAAUCAUAAGGAAUUAAACACUAAACCAGCUUUAAUGGAGUAUCCAAAUAGAGGAGAAAGGAAUAAAUUGUAUCAACUCAAGAAUCCCCAAGGUGCAAAUACUGUACCAUUGCAAGCCGAAAAUACAAUAAGCAGAUCAAGACAACUGACUCAUGACAAAACAACUGAAAAGGGCAAUAUUUCUCAUUCUGGAAGACAAGAAUCCCUUGCAAACUUGCCUUCAUCUAGCACUGUACAACUGGCAGACAACCAAAUAAAUAUGGCAUCACCUGGAGAAGAAAUGGAAGAACUACAAUAUUACACAGUGAAUGCUCUUGACACUGAACUAAAACCAAAGGAAACAAGUGAACCACCUCCUCCAAGUCUCAGAAUGUCUCAAAACAAAGACUCAGUUAAAAAAUCAGAAGAAGAGAAAAAGGAAGACAGCUUGUUUUUGCAGAGUCUAACAGACUAUGGUAAAGUUCAAGCGACAGGACCGCGAUCCAACUCUUCUUCCCCAGCAAUGGGGAAACCCAUCAUGUUCAAAGUGAAGGAUAAUACCAUGAGAACGUCUUCUGUGACCAAAACCGUCAAGCCACGCUUUCACAGGUCAUUCUCCGAUGAAUUUAGGAUUGGCUCACCAAAGGAACACUUGAGCGGUUCAGAGAAAGAAGAUGAAAUUCAGCCCAAACAGACUGCUAACCCUCCAGUCUUACAUGAACCAGCUAUUGCUGUACAUCAGCCACAUAAAGUAAAAGAGACGCUCCACAACAACUCAGCAGAAUACACGACAAAACAAUCAAAGAGCUUUCAGAGAAGAAGCCAACUUUUUGAUGAAGAAGAAACUCAUUCUGUCAUCAGCACAAUGUCAGAGGAUAUGGUGAACUGUGCAGCGAGCCUCACGGAUGUGGCUGACAUAAGUUUGGCCUUCAUGCCCAAGAAUGAAACCUACAGAAACACCUACCAAAGACCUGCAUCUGCCUGCUAUGAACGACCAGAGUCAGCCUGCUAUGAAAGGCCAGAAUCAGCCUGUAGUGAUAUGAGGCCAAUGGGUAAACCUCCAACAGUGCCCCCCAAAUCUGAAAAAGCUCUUCGACGAGCACAAAGACUUGCAACGAGGCGUAUGAAAAAAGCAGAGACCCCCAAGAUGCCGCCUGAAAACCAAGACCAGCUAGAGUCCGAAUCAAACAGAGAUCUCACCGGCAUGCCCUCUUCACCUUCGGAAAUGCUGUCAACACAUCUAGCGGUACAAGCCACACCUCCUCUUUCCCAGUAUGACAUCCAGCCAAAUUACACUCACCCAACACACAGUAUAGUUGCCCAGCCUCUCCCCAUGACACAGAGAAAGCUUUUGCAAGACCCAAACUCAGGGCAGUACUUUAUGGUGGACGUACCAUUAACGAUUAAGACAAAGACAUUUUAUGACCCAGAAACUGGUAAAUACGUACAGUUGAAUGUCCGUCAGAGGUCUCAGGGUGCUCUAACGCAGCCAGCAUCGGUGGAGAUGUUAAACACUCCCUACAUGCUGUAUCGUGGGUUUCUGCCAAUGGCUGCGUCUUCAUUACCACCCUUGAGGUCAUCGUCCGAAAUGUCAACACCGGCUGCGUUAACAGACGAACAGGAUAAGACUGAGGCAGGAAGUGAACUGUGGAGACAGAAUGUUUAUCCGCAAAAUGCGGAAAACAGCAUUAACACCAAUGAAAGACACACAGAUAUUAUAACUAUGAGUGAAUUAGAGGACUUUGCAAUGGAGAGCACAUGACGAGUAAAUACUGUUUGUACACAAAUCUAAAGUUACACACUGUAUAUCUAAGCUAUUUAACUGUGACUUUAAAUAAGUUAAAUGAGUUCUUAAAACUGUUUUCGAUUUGUAUUUAAGGAUUGCUGUUGUGUUUUGUAGCUGAGGUAACCGUAAUCAGGGAGGGCUGGGGCUCUUUAUUCUCAGAAAAAGUCAAGGGAAGAACUGUGAAGCAUUCCAAUUAUGUUAAGUUGAAAAUAAUUUUGCAGUGUACUUGUUUAUAAUACAACAAAGACCAUGCCCACAGAGCACACAGUACAUUCAAGGGAAGUACAUUUCAAAAGUGACUAGCAUUUUAGUGCUAAAUGCUACAGCCUCAUCCUCAGACCCAGACAGAAUCUCCACUGAUCAUUUCGUCAAAAGAAAAUUCAAGCUGUUUUUUUUUAAUCAGAUUUUCCAAAUGGCCCACAAUAUGCAUGAAAACUGUACACUAUGAAAGUUUUGCAGUUUAAAAAUAAGUACUUGUGCCAUAAAGUGCCAACUUUUCUCUUGAUGUGCUUUAGCAGAUUGCAUAUUAAAAAGGGGUGGUCUAUCUUUACCUUGCCAUGGUUGAUGAUGUAUGACGAUGAAAUGAUUGCCUUAUAAACAACUACUGCAAUGUACUAUUUUUACAGUCUUUCAAAAGCUCAUUACAUCAUCAUUAAAGAAAGAUUUGAAAUCAAAA